UCAAAUAUAUGACGAGAUUGCCAGACAUUGUGAUCGUCCUUGAUCAGCAAAAAGAGUAUAUAGCUCUUCGGGAAUGUGCCAUUUUGGGAAUUCCUACUAUUUCUUUAGUCGAUACAAAUUGUGACCCGGAUCUCGCGAAUAUAUCGAUUCCAGCCAACGAUGACACUAUGACUUCAAUUCGAUUGAUUCUUAACAAAUUAGUAUUUUCAAUUUGUGAGGGCCGUUCUCUCUAUAUAAGAAAUCGUUGAUUAAGAAUAUAUAGUGAAUUCUUGGACAACUGCGUAGAUUUAUGGAAUGACUUACUAUAUCUUUUUUUGCAUAGAAUUUGUUUUGCAUAGAAAAAAGAAGGGGAAUAUUGAUAUAUAUUAGAGGGUAUUGAUAUAUAUUAUGAUCUGAUGUGCUUUCUUGGUAUCCUAAAUAUCAAAUUAAUAGUUCAAGUUGCUGAGUUGAGAAAGAGAUGGUUGAAUCAAAAGAAUUCCUUUUUUGAAGUUCAAUUUUUAUCAGAGGACAAUAUGAAUAUUAUACCUUGUUCCAUUAAAACACUCAAGGGGUUAUACGAUAUAUCGGGUGUAGAAGUAGGCCAACACUUCUAUUGGCAAAUAGGAGGUUUUCAAAUUCAUGCCCAGGUACUCAUCACUUCUUGGGUCGUAAUUACUAUCUUGCUAGGUUCAGUUGUCAUAGCUGUUCGGAAUCCACAAACCAUCCCGACCGACGGGCAGAAUUUUUUUGAAUAUGUCCUUGAGUUUAUUCGAGACUUGAGCAAAACUCAGAUUGGAGAAGAAUAUGGUCCCUGGGUUCCCUUUAUUGGAACUAUGUUCCUUUUUAUUUUUGUUUCAAAUUGGUCGGGUGCUCUUUUACCUUGGAAAAUUAUAGAGUUACCCCAUGGGGAAUUAGCAGCGCCCACGAAUGAUAUAAAUACUACUGUUGCUUUAGCUUUACUCACGUCAGCGGCAUAUUUUUAUGCUGGUCUUAGCAAAAAAGGAUUGAGCUAUUUCGAGAAAUAUAUUAAACCAACCCCAAUCCUUUUACCAAUUAACAUCCUAGAAGAUUUCACAAAACCAUUAUCGCUUAGCUUUCGACUUUUCGGGAAUAUAUUGGCGGAUGAAUUAGUCGUUGUUGUUCUUGUUUCUUUAGUCCCCUUAGUAAUCCCUAUACCGGUCAUGUUUCUUGGAUUAUUUACAAGCGGUAUUCAAGCUCUUAUUUUUGCAACAUUAGCCGCAGCCUAUAUAGGUGAAUCCAUGGAGGGUCAUCAUUGAAUUGACUAGUUUUGGAAUAUAGUAUUUUUUUUUUCAGCUUAGCUCAAUUCAUGCAUGGUUCCAGAUAAUCUGCUUGGUUGCAAUAGUUAGAAAUGCGUAUGAAUAUAUAGCCUAGAGUUGUAGGAGAGAGAAUAGAAUAGACUAUAUUAUGGAAUUUUCAAAGUAUAUAUGCAUUAAGGAGGGUGGAGUCAGGCUAGAUCUAUACUAUAAUAAAUAUCCUUAAUAUCUAUAAGUGGAGUCCUCUUUUAUGCGGGUUUCCACUUUAAGCAAUGAUUUUAGAAUCCGAUUCAAUAGAAAAUGAGAAAAUAUGCAAACAAAAUAGAAGAAACAAAUGUAUAUAGGAUAUUGAUAUUAUAUUAUAUAUUCCUAGGUUAGAUUCAUUAUCUAAUCCGAUAUAUGGAUAUAGAAUUCCCUUCUAUGUAGUUCGGACAAUUCACAUUUCAAUUUGAUUUCAAUUUGUACUUUUUAGUUACUUUACUUCUCCCCAAUAGAGCUUAGAAGUAAGAAUUUUUUGGUUGAUUGUAUCCUUAACCAUUUCUUUUUUUUUGACACGAGGAACUACUCACCAUGAAUCCACUAAUUGCUGCUGCUUCUGUUAUUGCUGCUGGAUUGGCCGUAGGGCUUGCUUCUAUUGGACCUGGAGUUGGUCAAGGUACUGCUGCAGGACAAGCUGUAGAAGGUAUUGCGAGACAGCCAGAAGCAGAAGGUAAAAUACGAGGUACUUUAUUGCUUAGUCUAGCUUUUAUGGAAGCUUUAACAAUUUAUGGACUAGUUGUGGCACUAGCGCUUUUAUUUGCGAACCCUUUUGUUUAAUCCUAAAAAAAAAAGUUCUUUCGAUUUCGAUUAGAUACUUUUUUCUUUUUUUAGUAAAUUGGUAUUUGCUUCCGCAAUUCCAAUUAUAUCAAUACUUUAUUUAAUUUACUCCUAUUUAUUACUCCUGGAAUUAUCUAUUUAUCGGGACAGAUAAUACCGCAUUCUAGGAAGGGCUGAGUUGAGUAUGAUUAAUUUAGAAGAUAUGCUCGCCUUCUUAUUUCCCGUCCUUAGUUUAGGAAAGUGGAAAGUUUUUUCCUUUUAUUUUAGGAAUUUUGGGAACGGAACAUUUCAACAAAGGAAGCCUUUCACCGGUCAAACAAGACCUAAGACUUAAUCUAAAAGAAAUUACUAGAUUGAAUCUAUUUGCAUUAAAAAAACCGAUCAAAAAAGGGCGAGCGAAGUAAGUGAUCGAAAAACUUUGUUCUUUGUUCGUCCUAUCUAUAAGAGGAGAGCAUAUGAAAAAUGUAACCCAUUCUUUCGUUUUUUUAGCUCACUGGCCAUCCGCUGGCAGUUUCGGGCUUAAUACCGAUAUUUUAGCAACAAAUCUAAUAAAUCUAACUGUAGUGGUUGGUGUUUUGAUUUUUUUUGGAAAGGGAGUGUGUGCGAGUUGUCUAUUUCAAGAAUAGAUUGGAUCUAUCCGGCUGCACUUUAGAAUAUUUUUUAGUAUUUUUCGGAUAAAUAAGAAAAGGGUGCACGAUCUCGACGAAUUACUUCUGAAUAAAUUCAGAAAUCAUAUGGAAGAACCAUAGCAUUUCGCGACUCAUUGGUAAAUCAAUUUUGAUUCUCUAUAAACCAAGAAUGUGAGACCAUUAACACGGUUAAAGCUAAACUGCUUGAAGUCCAGGCAAAAAGAGGUACUCUUUCUACAACUAUAUUAGUAUUAGUACCGAAUUUAAACGGGAAAUAGCUAAUGUAAAAUUUAUCUGAUAUAGAACACUCAUAUCGAUAAAAUGGUUUGAACUAUUUACUAGAAAAAAAAAGAAGGGGCACCCUGCCCUUUUUUAACCAAUGCCGAAUCGACGACCUAUGUAUAAAAAAGAGAAAUUUUUUGGAUUUGAAGAAAAAAAAAAAAGAAUUCUAUUAAUUUUCAUUUUCCAUUUAUUUAGUUAGUUUUUCUUAAUGAAAUUGAAAUUAUUAACUAAAGGGCAAAUAUAAAUAAAGAAACAACUUUGCUGACCAUGAUAUAUUUUUAUCUAGGCGGAAGAGUCCUCUUAAUAUUUAUCUAGUCUUAUAUAGGUUUCGGUAUAUUGAAAUAUAAACAUAAAAAAUAAGAUAGAGGAUAGGCUCAUUACUUAUACUUAAAAAAAGAUAUGGAAAUUGCUAUAGCAAAAAAAGAAAAAAAGGAGCGUGAGAGCCAAAUGAAUCGAAAGAUUCAUGUUUGGUUCGGGAAGAGAUCAUAAAAGUUGUAAACUUACAAAAUAAUCUACUUUCAUUAAAAGAUUUAUUAGAUAAUCGAAAACAGAGGAUCUUGAGUACUAUUCGAAAUUCAGAAGAAUUGCGUAGAGGGACCAUUGAGCAACUCGAAAAAGCUCGGAUUCGAUUACAGAAAGUCGAACUAGAAGCGGAUGAGUAUCGAAUGAAUGGAUACUCUGAGAUAGAACGAGAAAAAGCAAAUUUGAUUAAUGCUACUUCUAUUAGUUUGGAACAAUUAGAAAAGUCUAAAAACGAAACCCUUUAUUUUGAAAAACAAAGGGCAAUGAAUCAGGUCCGACAGCGGGUUUUCCAACAGGCCGUACAAGGAGCUCUAGGAACUCUGAAUAGUUGUUUGAAUACCGAGUUACAUUUCCGUACGAUUCGUGCUAAUAUUGGCAUUCUCGGGUCCCUGGAAUGGAAGAGAUAAUUAAAUUAAUUAGGCCUUGAACUUCUACUUUCGUUUAGAAUUUAGGCAUUAUUUUUCCCCUUGCUUUCGAAAAAAGAGUCAAGAAACACUAAUGGCAACCCUUCGAGUCGACGAAAUUCAUAAAAUUCUCCGCGAACGUAUUGAACAAUAUAAUAGGAAAGUAGGGAUUGAGAAUAUAGGUCGCGUAGUUCAAGUGGGGGAUGGGAUUGCUCGUAUUAUAGGUCUUGGUGAAAUAAUGUCGGGUGAAUUAGUCCAAUUUGCAGAAGGUACUAGGGGUAUUGCUCUGAAUUUGGAAUCCAAAAAUGUUGGGAUUGUAUUAAUGGGCGAUGGGUUGAUGAUACAAGAGGGCAGUUUUGUAAAAGCAACAGGAAGAAUUGCUCAGAUACCCGUGAGUGAGGCUUACUUGGGUCGUGUUGUAAAUGCUCUGGCUAAACCUAUUGAUGGGAAAGGCGAAAUUAUAGCUUCCGAAUCUCGCUUAAUUGAAUCUCCUGCUCCAAGUAUAAUUUCCAGGCGUUCCGUAUACGAACCUCUUCAAACAGGGCUUAUUGCUAUCGAUUCGAUGAUUCCUAUAGGGCGCGGUCAGCGAGAGUUAAUUAUUGGGGACAGACAGACUGGCAAAACAGCAGUAGCUACAGAUACAAUUCUCAAUCAAAAAGGGCAAGGUGUAAUAUGUGUUUAUGUAGCUAUCGGUCAAAGAGCAUCCUCCGUAGCUCAAGUAGUAACUACUUUCCAUGAGGAGGGGGCCAUGGAAUACACUAUUGUAGUAGCUGAAAUGGCGGAUUCACCUGCUACAUUACAAUACCUCGCUCCUUAUACGGGAGCAGCCCUGGCUGAGUAUUUUAUGUACCGCGAACGGCAUACUUUAAUAAUUUAUGAUGAUCUCUCCAAACAGGCACAAGCUUAUCGCCAAAUGUCCCUUCUAUUAAGAAGACCUCCCGGCCGUGAGGCUUAUCCAGGGGAUGUUUUUUAUUUGCAUUCACGCCUUUUAGAAAGAGCCGCUAAAUUAAAUUCUCUUUUAGGCGAAGGAAGUAUGACCGCUUUACCAAUAGUUGAGACUCAAUCUGGAGACGUUUCCGCCUAUAUUCCUACUAAUGUAAUCUCCAUUACAGAUGGACAAAUAUUCUUAUCGGCGGAUCUAUUCAAUGCCGGAAUUCGACCCGCUAUUAAUGUGGGUAUUUCUGUUUCCAGAGUAGGAUCCGCGGCUCAAAUUAAAGCCAUGAAACAAGUAGCUGGCAAAUCAAAAUUGGAACUAGCUCAAUUCGCAGAGUUACAAGCCUUUGCACAAUUCGCCUCUGCUCUCGAUAAAACAAGUCAGAAUCAAUUGGCAAGGGGUCGACGAUUAAGGGAAUUGCUUAAACAAUCCCAGGCAAAUCCUCUCCCAGUGGAAGAGCAGAUAGCUACUAUUUAUACCGGAACAAGAGGAUAUCUUGAUUCGUUAGAAAUCGAACAGGUAAAUAAAUUUCUGGAUGAGUUACGUAAACACCUAAAAGAUACUAAACCUCAAUUCCAAGAAAUUAUAUCUUCUAGCAAGACAUUCACCGAGCAAGCGGAAAUCCUUUUGAAGGAAGCUAUUCAGGAACAGCUGGAACGGUUUUCCCUUCAGUAACAAAUAAAUUUGGCAUAUCUACUCUUGUUAUUUUGCAUGUCUACUCUUGUUAUUUGAAUCAUGCAAAAAAGUUUUCUUUGUUUUUAGUUUAGUAUAGUUAUUUAAAGAAUAGAUAGAAAUAAGAUUGCGUCCAAUAGGAUUUGAACCUAUACCAAAGGUUUAGAAGACCUCUGUCCUAUCCAUUAGACAAUGGACGCUUUUCUUUCGUAUUUUAUUCUUUCUUUUAUUCUUUCUUUUAUUUGUUGUCUUCUUCCGAGAAAAAACUGUUAGACCAAAACUCUUUUAGGAAAUCAAAAAAUCCAGAUACAAAUGGAUGAUGUAUAUAUCAUGCAUAUAUCAUUAAAGAAGGAGUAUGGGGCCGGUAGUGGGAAUCGAACCCGCAACCCCAAGGUUAUGAGACUUAUGAGCUACCAAACUGCUCUAUACUCUUAAACUAAAGAGGGGUAACUAGUGGAUAAAAGAGGGUUCGAUACGUCCCUCUACCAUAUCUAUACAAAUAGAAUAGUCCAUUUAUACAGAAUGGUAAAGAGGGCUCCUCUAUGAUUAUCAAUUCCAGAAAUCCAUACAAAUACGAAAGGGUAUUUUAUCCUUACCAACUGGAUCUUGUUGCACCCGGUAAUAAACAUUCAUAAACCAUUUCUCGAAGUACGUGUCCGGAUAGCCCAAAAUGUCGAUAGUUAGCUCUAGGUCUUCCGGUCAAAAAACAACGUCGAUGAAGGCGUGUAGGUGCACUAUUACGCGGUAGGGAUUGCAAUUUUUCUCGCAUUUUCGUUUUUUCACUCAAACUCAAGGGAGAAACUUUGCUUCUUAUCUUUUUUUUUAAAGAUUGACGAAUCAAAUGAUAUUUCUGUUCUAAUUUCUGCCGCUUCUUCUCCCUCUGAAUCAAACUCUUUUUUGCCAUAAUGUGCCGUUGCUAUUAUUAUCAAGUAUACGGUUCUAAUCCUAGAUGGAAAAAUAAAUAGAAAAAGAAAUUUAAGAAGGCGGAUCCUCCCUCUCUAUCAAGAGUAAUGAACUAGGUGCUGAUACAGUACAAAAAAACAAACUAAAUUAACCAAACUUGCCUGAUGUUGAGGCAAUCAAGAAAGCUGCAUAAGUGAAUAUAUAACCCACGGAAAAGUGAGCUAAUCCAACCAAUCUUGCUUGCACAAUGGAAAGAGCCACAGGCUUAUCUCUCCAGCGAAUUAAAUUAGCUAAAGGUGUGCGUUCAUGAGCCCAUGCUAAAGUCUCAAUUAAUUCCUGCCAAUACCCCCGCCAAGAAAUUAAGAACAUAAAUCCAGUAGCCCAAACAAGAUGUCCAAAUAAGAACAUCCAAGCCCAUACCGAUAAACUAUUCAUCCCAAAAGGAUUAUAUCCAUUGAUAAGUUGUGAAGAGUUUAACCAUAGGUAAUCUCUUAACCAUCCCAUCAAAUAAGUGGAGGAUUCAUUAAAUUGUGAAACGUUGCCCUGCCAUAAUGUGAUAUGUUUCCAAUGCCAAUAAAAAGUAACCCACCCAAUGGUAUUUAACAUCCAGAAAACUGCCAAAUAAAA